AAGCGUCUACCUUCAUAUCACACAAGGGAAACUCACUAAGAUUAUGGUGUCAAACAUUUUAGACUGAUUUUUGUCAACCCACAUAAAGUUAGAACCGGGACACAGACAACGGAACCAUAAUGUUUUGUAUCAAUUGAUUGACAGAAAAUUAGGAGUCGGAAUCGGUGCAAGUGUGGCUCUGAUGCUGGGAAGUAUGGGUAUUGCAGCUUGGAAACAAUAUAUAUACAACGGAACCCUGUUAUCGAGGCUUGCGGCCGACGAUGGCUACUUCAGAUAUGUCUACAUAGCUCCGUGGUGUCGCAUUAGUCCAUUUAUGAUCGGACUGGUGUUGGGGGUUUUCUUAAGAAAACGUCAAAGAAAACCAUUUAAGAAGAUGAUUGGACUUGCGGGAUGGACAAUCGCUACUCUAGUUGGUCGGACAUUAAAAUACUCAAAAUACUCCAUGCACAGGGAGGGUGGAGAACCGUGGACUAGACUACAGAACGCCUUAUAUGAGUCUUUAGACCGCCCCUUUUGGGCGUUGUGUGUUGCCUGGGUCAUCAUAGCCUGCCACAAUCAUAUGGGCGGUCCUGUCAAUUCCCUCUUGUCCUGGAGUGGUUUUGUUCCAUUGUCCCGACUUACCUACUGCACCUAUCUCAUCCAUCCGGUCGUGAUGUUAGUACACGGGUUCUCCAGGCGCUCCCUUUUCUAUUUGGAUGACUACAGUAUGCUCUAUCUUAUAAUUGGUCACACGACCAUGUCACUGAUGGCUGCCUUCGUCUUGGCUACGACCGUUGAAUUUCCUCUAAUUGCACUCUUGAAAUUAUUUGUUUGAAAAAUGUGCUGUGUCUAUUGAGAUAUGUGUGUUAGUGAUUUAAAUAACUUCAUAAAAUGUUAUUACCAAAAUGUUCUUUAUUUCCCUUGUAUACACCGGUAAUGCAUUUUACUCCGGUACUUGCAUACCGGUGGUUUAUUUUCCCAACACCGGUUGACCUCAUAAGCAAACCUCGUUCUCAUAUGUCUUCCUGUUGGUGCAUACAAUAAUUUACCAAGAUAAAAAUCAUAACCAUGAAAAAUACAAUUUAUAUUGAUUGAUAUUUUGAAAUAUAAGCUAUUUCGAAACAUAUAUGUUUUGCAUUCAACAAUCAUAGAAAAUGCGCCACAUCAAGGUGUCGUAACACCCCUGGGUAAACACCAGAAUUGUCAACCUUAGAACGUGUCAACAUUUGUCUUAACACCCCUGGGUAAACACCAGAAUUGUCAACCUUAGAACGUGUCAACAUUUGUCUUAACACCCCUGGGUUAACACCAGAAUUGUCAACCUUAGAACGUGUCAACAUUUGUCUUAACACCCCUGGGUAAACACCAGAAUUGUCAACCUUAGAACGUGUCAACAUUUGCUUUCCAGUUCUAGUUUGCUAUCUACUAAGUGAAAUAGUGAUUUUUUGCUAUCAAAAAUAUUCUCAUAUAUCUACUACUUCAGCUCUUCAACCUCACUUUGUAUCCCGAAUACACAUGGUAAUUUCGUGGGUUAAUAAUAGAAACAAA